AUGGACGUUCCUGAGCCUGAGCAGACGCCUUUCACGGCCGUGACGGCGCAAACCUCGAAGCUGGCUAGGCAAUACCAAACCUACCUCGACGCCUCCACCCCAUUCACAGCCUACCGCUGGACCGGCACCGUCGUCCUGCUCCUCGUCUUCUUCCUGAGGAUCGUCCUCGCCCAGGGAUGGUACAUCGUGGCCUACACCCUCGGCAUCUACCUGCUCAACCUCUUCCUCCUCUUCCUGCAACCCAAGUUCGACCCCUCCCUGACGCAGGAUGAGGGUCUGGAAGACGGCGACGCCGCCGCUCCCAGCCUGCCCAUGAAGCAAGACGACGAAUUCCGUCCUUUCAUCCGCCGUCUCCCCGAGUUCAAGUUCUGGCACUCGGCCACUCGCGCCAUUCUUAUCGGCUUCGUUUGCUCGUGGUUCGCCGUCUUCGAUAUCCCGGUGUUCUGGCCUGUCUUGGUGGUCUACUGGAUUAUUCUCUUUGUGUUGACCAUGCGCCGCCAGAUCCAGCACAUGAUCAAGUACCGCUACGUGCCGUUCUCGUUCGGUAAGACGCGGUACGGCCGGUCAUAA